AUGAAAGAAAAUGAAGAACUAGAAUUGGAUGAAAAAGAAAUAAAUAUUGAAAAUUUAUAUGAAAUUGAAGAAGAAUUCAUUAAAAUCUCAAAUGAAAAUGAAACAAAAGCAAUUGAAUCCUAUAUUCAAACAAGAAAUAAAAAUAAUUUUGAAAUAGAUAGAUUAAUUUCAUUAUUUUUAAAUAAAGAUAAUUCAAUAGUCAAUAAAUUUUCAAUAUUUUUUAAUAAUAAACCAUCAUUAACAAGCUCUUUUUCAAAAAAUAUAAAACAUUUAAAUCUAGUUUUUCAAUUUUUAGGAAGUAUGGAACAUCCGCUUUUUAAUAAUUUAAAUACAUCUUGCAUUACAGAUUCAGUCUAUCAAUAUUUUGUCCAAUUUCAAUCUGAAGAACCUCCUAUUCAUUCAAUCAUUCAAAUUGAAAAUUUUUAUUUUGGUUAUGAUUACUCAGGGAUAACCAUUUCAAAAUAUACAGUUUUAUCAGAUAAAUACUCCUCCCCUAUUUUUUCUUGUGCAAAAGCUCAUCCAAAAAAUUUAGAUUUAAUGUUACUAAUUUCUCCUAAUUCAUUAGGUCCAAAAGUAAGACUAUUUUUAUCUUCCUUUUGUCAUGAUAAUAAUAAUAAUAAUAAUAAUAAUAAUAAUAAUAAUAAUAAUAAUAAUAAUAAUAAUAAUAAAAGAAAAUAUAAUGAAUUUAAAAUAAAUUAUAAAAAACAAAGAUUUAAUGAAAUUUUAAUGGAAAUUUCACAAUCAAAAGUUAAUAUGUUAUAUAAAGUAUCAAAGUAUGUAAUUAACAAAAUGAAAGAAAUGGAUAAUCUACUCUCAUCAUUGAAUCCAUCGGUUUCAAUUGAAAUAAAGAAUGAAAAUGAUAAGGAAAUUCAAGAAUUCAUAUUAAAUAUAGAUUCAGAUGUCGGACAUACCCCACUAUAUCAUUAUUUUUUCAAAGAUAAAGUUAAAAAAAGGGUUAAAUUAUUAUCAAUGUGUUUAUUAUCACAUUUAAGUGAAAUUGAACUUUUCCUUAGAUCUCAUGUUCAAGAAAAACUUAAAAAACCAUUUCAAACAGAAUAUAUCUAUAUUGAAACAUUAUUAAAAUUAAAACUAUAUUAUAAUAAUAAUAAUAAUAAUAAUAAUAAUAAUAAUAAUAAUAAUAAUAAUAAUAAUAAUAAUAAUAAUAAUAAUAAUAAUAAUAAUAAUAAUAAUAAUCAAAAUAAUAAUAACAAUAAUAAUGAUCAAUUAAUUAUGUUAAUUGAUAAUUGUAUUAAAAAAAUGUUUAAAAAAGUUAAAUAUAUACACCUUAUGUGUAACCUUAUUGGUUUAUUAGAAAAUUCUAUAGGUAUGGUUAAUCAAUUGGUUUCAUUGGAAGAAUAUAAAGAAGUUCAAUUUGGAUAUAUUAAAGAUUCAAUCUUUAAUAUUGGAAAUAAUAAUACAACCGAUACAUCAACAAUGAUAUUUAAUAAUGAUAAUAAUAACAACAAUAAUAAUAAUUAUCAAAAAUUAAUUAAAGUUUAUGAUCAAGAAGUUUAUGAAAAUCAUUUUUUUACAAAACCAAAAUUAUAUUGUAAUAAAGAAAUCUUUAAAAGUAAUCAAGGUAAUUUAUCAUUAUCAGAAUUAGCAAGAGACACUAUCGCUUUUGAUGAUAAUCCAAAACCAUUUCAUAGAAAAUUAAAAAAUGGUGAUUAUUCAAUCGUACCAUCAUUAGAAUUAUUUAAAAAAUGUUUUUCAGUUUUUACAAAUGGAAUAUUUGAUAAAGAUUUUGGUUGGGGCAGUGGUAGUGGUAGUGGUAGUGAUGAUAAAACAAAAGUUGUAGUAGCAGGUGGUUCAAUAACGGCAUGUUUAGAUAGUUUACCUUUUGAAAUUAAAAGAGAAUAUUUAAAAUUAGUACAAAUUAAAAGAGUUUUAUAUAAAUCAAGAAUGCCAAUUAUUUUAGUUGAUUAUUUAAUGGAAUUGGUUGAAAGAGGUUCAAAAUUUAGAGAAUUAUUAUUUCAAAGAUAUCAUGGUAUAAAAUCACCAUAUUUUGAAUCAGAUAUUGAUUUAUGGAUAAUUACUGAUAAUUUAAUAAAUGGUGAAGAAAAGUUAAGACAAGUUGCGAAUCAAGUUUUAAAUAAUUUAAAAAAAGAUGUUAAUUUUAAUAAGGAUGAUUAUACAUUUAUAAGAACCACAAAUGCAAUUUCAUUAGUAUCAAAAUAUCCAUAUAGACAAAUUCAAAUUAUGUUAACUCUUUAUAGAUCAAUUCAAGAUAUAAUCUUUUAUUUCGACUUCGAUUGUUGUUCAAGUGUUUAUGAUGGUGAUAAUGUUUAUAUGCUACCAAGAACAGUUAGAUCAUUCAAUAAUAGAAUUAACUAUAUCGCACCGGGUUUAGAUAUAUCAAGAAUCAAUAAGUAUACAAUUCGUGGUUUUGAUAAUAUUAUUAAUAAUUAUUGUCCAAAGGAUAAUCAAUCUGGGAUUCAACCAUUUGAAAACUCUCUUCAAAUGAUAAUAAAAGCGGGAAACAUUGGUCCAGAUUUACCAUUUGUUGAAAAAUUCUUUAAACUAUCAACAAACACACCAAUCGAAUCAUUUUUAGAUUAUGAACAUCUAUUUGGAGAUUAUGGACCCAGUGUUGUUUUUGAAUCUGGAACUUUAAUGUUAUUAACUCAAUUUAAUCGAUGGUUAUUGGAUAUAUCAAAAGACUCUGAUUAUUUAAUAACUAAUGAUGUGUAUUCUCUAAUGAGGGCUAAAGGUCAAAAUCACUCUAAUCUCAAUGAAUUUCAUGAUUUAUCAUUCAAAUUUCCAAUUGUAAAAUUUAGACAACUAGGUAUGAAACUUUUGAGGAAAUGUAAUCUAUGUAAUACUACUGAAAUGCUUGAAAUGCCAAAACAAGUUUUCAAGAUUGAUCGAUCAUCCAAUGAAUGUUCAUUGGAUAAUUGCCACGAGUGUAAAAAAAAAAAAGGUUCCAUUUUUCCAAUGUUUUAUCCAAACUUUAGAUUAUUACUCAAUCAAAUGAAUAUCGUUAUUUUAGGUGGUAGAGUUGGUGUGGGUUUCGAUGUGGCUCAAUCAUUUUUAAAAUUUGGUUUCAAUGUAACAAUUACAACACGUUUUCCAUUAAUUGCAAAGAAAAAGUUUAUUGAAAAAUUUAAAAAAACUGAUUAUGAAUCAAGUUUAGAAAGAUUAUCAAUAAUUAAAAUCAAUUUUCAAGUAAAUACAAGAAGCAUGGAAAACUUCAUUAAUCAAAUUAAAUUAAAUAUUCAUAGAAUUGAUCUUUUUAUUAAUUUAGUUCAUAUUGAACAUAAUCAAAAUUAUCAAAAACAAUUUAUUGAAAAUUUAGAAAUUGAAAAUUAUUUAUCAAUGAUAAAUGAUGAUGAUAAUAAUAAUAAUAAUACCAAUGAUGGUUCACCACAACCAAAUAUUCAAAUACCACAAACAUUGUCAUCAAAUUAUUAUUAUAAUGACAUUAAUAAUAAUAUAAAUAAUAAUAAUAAUGAAUUAUCAUUAAAUGAAGAAAUUAUUAAAUUUUUAAAUCAAAAAGUACCAUCUAUAAUUAUUACGGAAUUAUCAAAUUUAAUGUAUCAUAGGGAAAAUGAUGAUUAUGGUCUUUAUGUUGGUAGUGGAAUUGAUCCCUUAACUAUUGAUCAAUUUAAGGCAAAAGAAAUUCAAUGGAAUUAUUCAUGUAAAGAUUUUAUUUAUUCAAAUAAACGUUCCUUAAACAAAUAUCCUGUAUUUUUAACUGGUGCAAAAAUAAUAUAUGAUAUUAAUUCUAAUUGGAGUAUUAAUAAAGAAACUAAUAGUUCAUCAGUUAAUAAUAAUAAUAAUAAUAAUAAUAAUAGAGGUGGUAAAGGUUAUAAAUUACCAAUAUCAUCUAAACAAAAAUAUUUUGUUGAGGAUUGUGCUGGUAUAUAUGACUUUGGUAUCCGUAAACAUGAUUAUUAUUCUCACAACUCAAUGGUUAUUUUAUCUCCUACUCAAGAUGAACUUAAAAGAUUUGAAUUAUUCAAUAAAUUCAAAGAUGGAUUUAAAAGGAAACCUCAAAAUCAUCUAGUUAUCAAUGAUAAAUGUUAUUUAAAAUUAAAAAGAAAUGGUGAUGUCAUCGAGUGUUCUCAAGAAAUAAAUCAAACCAAUACCUCCCUAAGAAUAAUCUAUUCCAUAAUUGAAUAUAUUUAUUCUAGAGAUUUUAAUAUUAAUCCAUGUCCUUAUAUUAAUUUGUAA